CGAGUACUCCGUACUCAUCGUGUUAAAACAACCCAUGAUAAGCCUGAGCUGACCUCGAAGAAAUUAGCUGAGCGCAGGCUCCAGGUUCUGAAGUGCUCUUCUCCAUAAUAAGUUGAGCUGGAAAUGAAUGUCUGAGAGCAUUGUCCCAGCCCAGCCGACGGCUACGGCUACCGUCGGACGAUGGGAGGAGGGGGAAGAGAUUACGAGAUUUUUAUCCAGAUUUUCUCAUUGCCUCAGUAGUUAUUCCUUCCCAUUCCCCUCGUUUUUACUACUUUUCGCAUUCUCCGUCUUUUUGUCUUUGUGUGUGUUUACACUUAUCCCAGGGUACAAAAUUCCAUCUACUUUAUAACUUCGGUUGCUUCUCAAUCUUUAUCCCUCAAUAAUCUCUUACCGUUCCCCUCUCGCAUUAUCCGCAGUCGGCGCUUUCCUCCCUCAAUCAUCAGCUAUGUCGUCUAUAACCGCUCCCGCCGUCCCUCCGGUGGCCCUCGAGACCAUCACUCAACACAUUGGUAAUACGCCUCUAGUACGGCUGAAUAGAAUACCGCGCAGCUUGGGCAUCGAGGCUACGGUGUAUGCGAAAUUGGAAUUUUUCAACGCAGGGGGAAGCGUGAAGGACAGGAUUGCCUUGCGCAUGAUUGAAGAAGCGGAGCGGUCGGGGCGCAUCAAGCCCGGUGAUACUUUAAUUGAGCCUACUAGUGGAAACACUGGCAUUGGUCUUGCUCUUGUCGCCGCUGUCAAAGGCUACAAGACAAUCAUCACUCUCCCCGAAAAGAUGUCUGCUGAAAAGGUCGCUGUACUGCGAGCCUUGAAUGCCACCAUCAUUCGUACACCCAACGAAGCUGCUUUCGACUCUCCCGAAUCUCACAUCGGUGUGGCGAAGCGCCUUGAGAAGGAGCUUCCAAACGCGCAUAUAUUGGAUCAAUAUGGCAACGUGAACAAUCCGUUGGCACAUGAGCUAGGGACAGCUGAGGAAAUCUGGACCCAGACGCAAGGACAGAUCACGGCUAUCGUUGCCGGUGCAGGAACUGGCGGAACUAUCACCGGUCUAGCUCGUGGCUUAAAAAAGCAUAAUCCCAGUGUUCAGGUCAUAGCUGCUGACCCUCAUGGUUCGAUCUUGGCUCUCCCUGCUACAUUGAAUCAGGAGCAUAUUAAUGAGCCCUACAAAGUGGAAGGAAUUGGCUACGACUUUAUUCCCGAAGUCCUGGAUCAGAAACUCGUUGAUAAGUGGUACAAAACUGCUGAUAAGGAGUCUUUCCAGUACGCUCGUCGCCUAAUUGCAGAGGAAGGGCUUCUUGUUGGCGGAAGUAGUGGUAGUGCCAUUGCGGCUUUGGUUCAGGCCGCCAAAGACCAGAGAUUCGGCAAGGAUGAUGUGGUAGUUGUAGUCUUACCGGACAGCAUCAGAAGCUACCUUACCAAGUUUGCGGAUGAUGACUGGCUUGCUGCGAACGGGCUAUUGACAGCUCCCGCCACUGCCCCAGCAUCUUUGUCUCCAACGCUGAAGCCUCAAGGACAACAAGAUGCAUUUUCCGGCUCAAAGGUCAAAGCUCUGAGACUCAAACCGAUUACCACGGUUCGGUCGAACAUUCCAUGCGAAACCGCCAUUGAGAUGAUGCGUGACAGAGGCUUCGAUCAACUUCCUGUUUUGGCAGCCUCUGGGAAGAAGCUUGUUGGGCUUCUCACCUUGGGCAACAUUCUGAGUCGGCUUACCCACGGACGUGCUACAGGCAAGAGCCCUGUGGCGGAUGUCAUGUUUGACUUCAGCAAAAUACCUGAAGUCGUCACGGAUCCCAGAGAUAUGGGCAUGUCGAAGCCCCAGGACGCCCAACAGACAUCUCAGAUCAAGAAUCGGAAAUUUGUUGAGAUCACCAUGGAAACGCCCCUCAGUGUGUUAAACCGAUUUCUGGAAUGGAACAGUGCAGCCGUUGUCACCGAGAGAGGCGAGAACGGAGCGAUGAAGCCAGUCGCAGUUGCCACGAAAGUUGACCUGUUAAGCUGGAUGCUUCGUCACAACGAGGAUGGCGCCUCAGAGUCUCAAUAGAAACAGUCUUCUCGCAUACUGUCUGUUUUGGGCGCGAUUCCGUCUGGGCUACGUCCUCCUUUUUGCUAAUAAGCCCGGGCCUGCCAGCACCAUCGGCCGCUACGCUGUUAUAUCCUUAAUGAAGAACGGGGUGUUGUGGAGUAUAUGGUGGAGUAUAUGGAGAUAGUUUCAGGUUGAGAAACGAACAUGACUGUUUUUAUUCUCUUUUCUAGAUUUGAUUUCACAUGCUAUUGGGUUGUAUAAGGUUGGCAUUAUCGCCAGAGUCAGAACUACAAUUAACCACAUCAGCGAUUGCCAGUUGUUGCAAUUUUCUUCUACGGGAUGCAACUUGGUAGAGCUCUUAAAGAGCCUUACAAUGCUGGCACUAUAAUGUGCACUCUUUGUUGCGAUGGCAUUUUAGAUUGAUAAACUGCCGGUUCAACUCACACACAGAGAAAUCUGGCCGCUCAGCACAAUUUUUUAA